GCUUCAAAAAAUGGACAAGAGUUGGAUGAUGAUAACUGAUAGGACAACAUUCUAUGGAUGCUGAUAUGACAGCAUUCUAAAAGUCACUUGUUCCUAUUGGAGAGCUUGAUAUACAUUGUUGAGCUCAUUUCCAGACAACUUAAGCUUUUGAGCUUGAUGUAUAUUAUUGAGCUCAUUUCCUAACAUCUCAAGUUUUUGGGACUAGUGGUGAUCUAAUAAGUUCCCCCCUAUACGAUCAAUACAUAUGAGAGUGACCCCAUUUUAGAGUUGCUGAUUUUGAUUCAAGAUGGUUGUUGAUCCAAAUAUCAUACCUGCUGGAGCAUUUGAAAUACAAUUUUCAGAAGGAAAACAAAUCGAGGGUUCAAACAUGUAUACUGGUUACAUUGGAAGUAUACAAAGUAAUAUAAAAGUGGUGUACCACCUUGAGUCACAAUCAAAAGAUUUACAAUGGUGGUACGAGUUUGCAAUGAGUCACUGCAGCCCGUAUUUACUGAGAGUAAUUGGAAAGUGUCAAAGUAGUUUUGUUGGCAAAGAGUUGCUUUUCACAGAGCUGGUAGAAGGAACUCUACACGAUUGGGUGAAGAAAAACCCUCUCAUUGAUUCUGAGUAUCCUGAAAGGCUGAGUAAGCCUUUUAUUGGCAUAUUGGGGGAUAUACUCAAUGGCAUCAUAUACUUCAGAUGUACAUUGAGACAACCACAUGGAGAAAUUUGUGCAAGCAAUGUCUACUUGGUUAAUGGAAAUGCCAAGUUGGGCAAAGCUCUAAAUCCUAAGUGGUACGAGAAGACAUUUGGGGAUGACAUUAACAAGUUCUGUGGUAUGGUCAGUAUUGUAUAG